AUGGAAGAUUCCGCCACUUUCCAGACAGGAAUAGGCUACGACCAAGACACCCUGUUUGGCGGAGAAAGUACUAGUCAGCCUAGUGGGGUGGAAUUCUUCAUUCGUUCAUCGGUCUCUCCAGCGAAUCCAAUACGGCUCGUCGACGCAGGGGACAUUUCUGCAGAUGAAAGGCGCGCAUCCAUCUAUGCGUAUCUCGACAAGGACUUUCGGGAGCACACCAGCAAUCUGGUUACCUCUCUCAAUGGGUAUAUGACACAAAUGAUAUCAGGGCUCUUUCAGGAGCUACGGACAGAUAUACAGAGCCGAAAGCUAUACGUUCUCUUUGAACAAGCCCUGGGGUGUGACCCCAUGACAGACCAUCUUGCUGCCAAAGAUGUCCUUCCAAUAUAUGCACCCUACAUCGACAAAGCGGAAAAAACGUUUCGCCGGUUAACUCUUCAUAAGUUCAAGCAUGACAUAGAGACGGAGUUUUGUGCCGCCAUAAUAUCCGAAUUGCGCGCGCGCCUCAAGAUAGAAGACACUAAUAUGAACAUCUCCACUGAGCUCGAAAAACUGCGGCUUCACUGCAAGUCUCUCUUAGACGAGAAUAUUCGUAUCUCGAGCCAAUGGCAACAGGAGCGUGAAAAGCUACUUCAACAGAUAGGCACAUUAUCGGAACAACUGGUGCAAAAGAAGAGGGCAGGCAAUAUCUAUAAGCCAGACUUUAUGGCAUCUGGGUCAUCGUGGGAUGCAGAGGCCCCUGUACCUGAUUUCACCAGGGUCCCAUCCAAGGGUGUGAAGGAGCUCCUUGAGCUGGAGACGAAGCUAGCUAAUGAAGCAGCAGAGAAGGAGCGGCUUAAGAUGGAACUGGAUGCUACCUCUAUGAAGUACCAGCACCUCCUAGAACAAUGCAAACAGAUACCAGAACUGCAGAAUCAAAUUGACGAACUUAACCAGCGCAUAGAGGAACUUCUUCGCCGCAUAGCAGAGCAGGAUGAUACGAUUGUAGAACAACAAAAGGAAAUAGCUGACCUCUUGGACCAGUUGGCAUCCCUUAAGAAAGCUUACGAUGGAUUAGAUAGCGAUCACCUUGCGCUGCAAAACACAGUGGAUACUCUUAAUAUGGAGAAAGGAGAAAGUGCAGCGGAGAAUGAGAAGCUUAAAAGGCAAAUAGCAGACCUUCUCAAGCGAGUAGCUGCAGCAGAAGCAGAGAGGGACAGAUACAAGCAACAGAUCACAAAGGGGGAUUCUGACCGCAAUAUUUCCCUAGUAGAUAUCAAUAAUAACACAGUCAAAAGCGCCCGGCUUCCCGGAAGCCCUGACGACGCUGGGUUUGACAACAGGACCCUGCUUUCUGUUAAGCAGCUUCUCUAUGAGCUUACUGGAUUCAAUCUGCUAGGUCAUCAAGAUGGCUUCACAGAGGCUUAUGUUGGCGACAAAGGUUUGCCACAAGACGGGGAAUCGCGAACACGUUUUUCAUGUCCUACUCCAGGCAAGGAAUCAAAGCCGACCCUGCCCGAUAUGGGCCCUCGAACAGGAUCCAGAGCCCUAUCCAGGAAAGGAACACCCAAGUCUACAGCUAUGAAGGAGGACCCUGCAUCAAUAAGGGUACGGCUGCAGGGUCAAAGGCCAAGCGUUGGAAGCAUCGAAGCUGCUCUAGUAGCUGCUACUACCUCUAGCCCAUGGAAUGCAGCUAGAAGCAUCUCCGGUAGGAGAUCUUCCAAGAAUGUCGUUAGCGAACGAAUAGACACGGAUGGCGUCUCUAGGAAUACAGAGGUCACACCGUGUAGAGGCUCCAGGUAUAAAUUUAUAGACACAGGAUUAAAUCCAGCGUAUUUCAACCCGGGAGUAGAGAACCCUUAUGAUAAUGUAGUGUCCGGCUUUUACAAGGAUCGAGACAUCUGUUUAUCGAAGCUGACAGACAGAUUAGGCAUUGAACACGCUCAAUUAAGAACUGUCCGUGAUCUAGUUGGUCGCUUCUUCUCCGGAGACCCUGUCUAUGCAGAGCUUUUACGGUUACUUGCCGAAGGAAGUAUCUCUCCUGACCUAGUAGCCAAAAUCCUUGCAGGCAUGCACACAGGGGAACUUCAGGCAUUUUUAGAAGACCUUCUGAAAGUGGAUGAGAAUGGAAAUCUUGUCCGCAAUGGAGAUAAACAGUACAUUGCAGGAAGGGGUGUGGUCGAGGAUGAACCCUUGAGCAGUGAAGCGGCGAGCUUGUCUGACUAUACUCAAAGCAAGAAGAGCCGUGGAGAAAGAUACUUACGGAACGGCGCACAGAGACAGCCUGAUGACCAAGGUCCCAGAGAGGAUUAUGACGGAGUUCCUUUAGCAUUACCGCUCCCCAGGGGAUCCGAUAACUAUAAUAAACUUAAGCCUGACAUCGAUAGUCACAGAAGUGUGGCCUCUAAUCUAGAUGAGCUCUCUGCAGGCGGUACCGAAACAUUGCCCAGUGGCCUGCUAGGGUUCUGGAAGCAAACGCAGACUAUAUUGGGUAUGGACGACAUGGAAGAGCUCAUGGCUCUUCGGGAACUCAUGUUGGACAAAGGAACGAACACCGACGCGUCUAAGAAAAAUAAAAAGGGUGGAUACUCGAGCGUUAGCCGAUCUUCUUCAACACGGAAUCUAUAUGGAAGUGACGGACAUGUUAGUAAAGAUGAUGGAUCAACGGACCCUAGCAGUGCACGGGGCAUUCCUCCAGAUAUUCUCAAGGAUAAGCAGAUAGCAACAUACAUAGAUGAGCGGCUGCAAAUAGAGCGGGAACGCGUUCGCGAUGAAGUGACAGCAGAGCAAGAAUUGGAUAAUAUUGAGAAGAUAAAGGUUGCCGUGGAAGUGGCUGCAAAUACAAUGGACUUUUGGUGCCAGGUCAACUAUGAUGAUAGUGAAUCCGAUGACUAUGGCACUAAGAAGGGGGGAGCAGUCAUGCAAAAGGUGCAGAACGCCAUAGAUCGAUUUUCAAAGCCAGGAAAGCCGGGAUUUCAAAUUAAGUACGAUAGAACGCCCAGGGAUUGGACCGUAAAGGGUGUCUUUGCCCGUCUCUAUCAAAAUGCAGAAGAAAUCCGAGCACGACUCAAUAUGAAACGGGCGGAGCAUCAGAAGCGAGAGGCUCUUCUUUAUGCAAAGUAUCUUCGUAGUCAGAAUUCCAUUCUAAAGGACGACGGUCUUCUGGUGGCAGCGUCGGAGUAUGAUAACGUGUCCAAACGAUACGCCCAAGAGGCACAAAAGUGGAACGACGAGGUAAAGAAGUUAUCUGCAUACGACAGUAAGCAAGAAGAUUUUAGUAAGACCCCUCAGCUUUCUGGCUCUAACGUUAGGGGAGAAGAUGCGCUUAUGAAGACAGGAAAAAUGACCACUGCGGACCUAAUCGAGGAGGUUAAUUCACGCUCAUCUAAAGAGCACUUGAUCAGGAUCACUUCUGUAUCAACUAAGUCGCCAGACAUGGACGAUAUAAUAGUUAACACGUCUGGCAUCAGGAGUGCACCACGAGGUCUCAUGGGGAAGCAGCGGGACAGGAUAACAACGGUAUUUGACAUGGAGGGGUCAUCGAUUCGGGGAACACCUAGAAGUUCUAUGACUGGCUCUUCGUACAGAAACUUAAACAACACACCGAGAGAAAGCAUCAGUGGCUCCCAAGAUGCAUAUGUGACGGGAACACCAGGUGCUCCCAAGAAUAUGUUUAGUACUCUCAAUACUGGUGGAAGGAAGCUACCAGGGAUGCAGCUUACCAUAAAGGAUCACUCUACACACCACUCACUUAAGCAGCAAGGACCUGGCCAGAUAGCAUAUGGAGCAGAAUUAGUGACUAUGAACUUAUCAAAUGGUUAUAGUGGCUCUAAGGGUAGCAAGCCCAUUCUGAUAGCAUCCGGAAACAGUGGAAACCCGCUUCCUUAUAUCAGUAAAAAGAGCAACACAGACACGCCAGGAUCCACAGUCGUGGAUGCUUUCCACGAAUCCGAUAUUAAGCUGACUCAAAGUAUUGAUAACUCUAACGUAUCUAUCGCACCAGUAAGUAGUAGUACAAGCUGCGAGCCAAGCACAAACUUAUUAAAAUCUGGCAAAAUUCUACAACCGCUUACUUCAACUCCUGAGCACAUCCGACCGUUCUCUGGAAAAGGUUUUGGGAGUGGGAAAAUAGUUUAUGACCAGUACGGAAAACCCAUGCCAGCACAAGAGAUACAAGAUAUUAUCGCAUACAAGUACAUAUUCGGGAACGCCUCUAUGCUUAAGGUUAAAGAUAUGGGGCGACGCCUUCUCGUCUCUGUGCCAGAUAGCUCGCAAUUGAUAGAGGUAUCUAAGGAGACGCUGCGCACGAUCAAGGAGAAUGUAGACAAGCUGGUGGAAUACUUUAAGGUGCCAGGGAUAUCAAAUUUGUAUGGAAAUGAUGUCGUGGGACGCGCAACUAGCGCAAAAAGAGAUUCCAAUUCUGCUAAGUUAAAUACUCUACCUAGAGAUCCGCCUAUUGAUGAUAGACUGGAUUGUCCAGCUGUUUCUAUCAAUAGAGAUGCUUUAUCGACUACGGAUGAAUUAGUGCAGGAAGAGAAGAGAGCUCUGCUAGAGUUUGACAGACCCGACUUAUCUGCUAUCCCUGGUACACCGAUUGCUCUUCAGACAGACGUAACCAGGUCUGCAUCUGUAUUAAAUAUUGAGCCAGACCCACAGCAAUCCUUUACUGAUAAGGAGAACGUUGAUACUGAUUUUCUUAUUCCUUCAACGAUAGCCUCGAGCGCGAUGAAGAAAGACAGGUACGGGGUUGAAAAAGAGUUAGAAGAUAACUUGGCGACAGUGCUCAGAAAAAGCGUAGAGGCGCUAGAAAGUUUCACGCCUCCACUGCGAUUAUCAGAAGACCAAGAUUUAAGCAAGCAACGCAAAGGCAAAGAGCUAGUCUUAUCUGAUCUUGAUCUUCAAAUAGCCAGUAUUAAGGAUCCGUAUGCAGAAAAGAUAAACCAUCUAGACGAGGAAGGAAGCAUCACUCCGAAUAGCCUAGAGUAUGGACUCAGUGUCGUUGAGGUGACACCAAACACAGAAUUUAACCAGCAACGUGAAGAAACUAUCACCCUUAACAGCUUUCGAGGCAAACAUAGCGAUCGCACUAAGUAUCGGAGAGAGAGUAGCAACUGCAUAUCCGAUGAUGGCUCAAUAGACCUCACCAGUCAUAGCAGCGGUCAAAAUCAAAUAGACGAUCGUUCUACUCAUUUCGAGGAUCUAGUCGAAAACGCACUUGAAGAUCCAACAAAACAAGCGUCUCAAAUAAGAGUUAGCACCACUGUAAUAGCAUCAACAGAAUCACUCAACGCUAAUCAGGUGACUGCACCAGAACCCAGUUCAGCAUAUACACAAGGUAAUACCAUACGGAGAAGCAUCGUUAGGGGAAUAGAAGUAGCAGACAGUGCCGUAUCAACACACUCAACAAGGACCAACACCCCAUCUCAGGGUAUGCUAUCAUUAGAUGAACAGAUUUCUCUACGACUGGCCGAUCAAAGCCGUACAGCGACCGCUAUUAACAUAGAGUCCCCGCUUUCUGGCUAUGAGAGGGACAGUAUCAAUCGGAUGGACCCCGGUGCUAUUCCAGAGUUUCUGACUGGAACAACAUCCAUACAUAUAGGUGGACGUCGGCUCUCAGAUGACGACCGCCAUAGUUUAGAAGGUACUCUUAGCAUUCCUGGACCGGGUGAAUUAGACCGAUAUGAUACUGCCCAUUCGGGAUAUGAACACCAUAGGCUGCCAUCAUAUAAUCCACAGGAUUCCAAUUUUGUGGCUUCUUCUUUACAUAUGAAGGCAAAGCCAGGCGCUAUUAACCAUAUAAAUACUUUUAUCCAAUUUGAGAAUCCACAGGCUCGUGCAGGAACACAACACGCCGUUACAACUUCAUUAAAUAGCGACGAUCCGCACGCUUUUGGGGAUACCAGCGAGAAAACGACUUCAUCUCCGAAUGUGGCAGGAGCUGUGCGUCAUACGGUUGUCCAAAAGCAGUCAUCUACUUCCAAGCAUGGUUUUGUACCAAACAACUAUCUUAUUGGAAAGAUACUGCCGCAGGAGCCUUUUAUUAAAGGCCCGUCAGGACCCAUUAAUAUGGGAGAACCAGGUCUUUUAGCCAGCGCAAGUGAGUCGCUAGUUAUCAGAAAACGCUCAGCCGAAAUCUCUGGAGCGAAGGAACCGACCACAAGCGGCGGUCAAAAUGCAGAUUCCGACACGCCAAGUCAAUCGAAUAUCUUUUCUCAGCCAAAGCUGUACAUGAGUAGAUUGCAUCAAGAUCUUAAAAAGGCUCGCGAUGCUGAUGGAAGUUCGCUAUUUGGUAAGAAAUAA